AUGAGUGCAACAACAACAACAACAACAACAACGAAGGGAGAGGACACGGAGGAGGAUCGUUCAAUCUCAAGAUUCCUUCGCAGAGGGGAAGAAAUCGCGAAACACGAACCGACGACGUCGUAUUAUUGUAAAUUGAGAGCGGUGGAACUCGCGAUGGAGAUGUCCCCUCGGCCGAUAGAUUUGAUUAAGAAACUGUUGGGAGAGUUGGAGAAACAAAAGCGAACGAAGAAGAUAACCUCGCAUCCGUCGAUUGAUUUUGCGAAAGUGAAGCGAUUUGCACUUUCCGUGUACGACCGCGCGGAUCAGCGAGACCGACGAAAGAUGUUUACGAGAGAGCUCGUGGACGCCUUUGACGCGUCGGCGGCGUUUUUGUAUUGCUUGGAGAGCCAAAUUUUCACGCCGUAUAAAGAGCAAGGGUGCGAUUUUAACCAGGAUUUACGGCAGAGAGCGGAGUACGCGGAGUGGAGAGCGUACGAUGUAGCGGUGGCGUUGAGGAGUGGAAGAGCACCAACUGAAGUAGCGGACGCUUUUGACGACACCGAUGGUGGCGGAGAGUUUUUGAACGCCGGAGUAGCCGGGAUCAGCUUGGCUGCGGCGGCGCCGCCCCCGCCAUUGGAUCUUCCCAACGAUGUUCCAAAACCAAAAGAUAGACCUAACUGUAUCGCUCAAGAGAAGAAGAAAGAUGAAGAAAAUGAGGAUGAAGAAGAGGAUCAACAACAACACGAACAAGAAGUCGAGCAAGAAAAAGAGGAAGUGGUGAAACAAGAAGAAGAAGAAGAAGUGGUGAAACAAGAAGAAGAAGAUCAAGAUGUAAAAAAUCCAGAAAUAGUAGGAAAGAAGAAGAAGAAGAAGAAGAAAGCGGCUGCCAAAAGUGGAGGAAAAGAAGACGAUAAAGACAACGAUAACGUGGUAAGUUCUCGCAUAGCUACCGAAAAAGUAUCCUCUGAUGAAAAAACACGAGAAACUCCGAUGUUUAACGGAGUCACGUCGACGCGGCACGGUAAUACCGAUUGGAUCAAGAUCGAGAGUAAGAAGACGUCUCAGAAAUUCUGGUUCAAUGAAAAGACCAAAGAAAAGAAGUGGGAAGAGCCUACAGACGAAUAG